AUGGGAGGGGCGGAGGCCGCCGUCGUGGAGGCCGCGUCGACCGCUGCGGCAGCGGAGGCCGCCGAGGGCGGGGAGGACGGGCGGAUGGAGGGGUGGCUCUACCUGAUCCGAUCCAACCGCCUAGGGCUGCAGACCUCGCGCAAGAGGUACUUCGUGCUCGAGGACUCCGCGCUCCGCUGCUUCAAGGCCGCCCCGGCGCCUUCCUCCUCCAGCUCCAAGCGCGAGGAUCCUGUUAGAAGUGCAGUAAUUGACUCUUGUAUACGUGUUACGGACAAUGGGAGAGAAAGUGUUCAUAGAAGUGUUUUUUACAUAUUCACACUCUACAAUGCCUCUAACCACUAUGAUCAGCUGAAGUUGGGUGCUAGAAGCUCAGAAGAAGCAGCAAGAUGGAUCAGGUGCUUAAUGGAGUCUGCCUUAAAGUCCCCCGGAAAAGAUGAGCAUGUUGUUGCUUGUUCACAUAGAAGGUGGCAGGCUUUCAGACUAAGCCGCCGCAGUAACCGCAUGCACUCAAUAGAUUGGACAAUAUUGUCAUCUUCUCAUAAUGAUCCAAUGGCAUCUGAUGUUAUUGCACCUUCUGCAUGGACAAUAUUUGGCUGUACAAACGGAUUACGUUUGUUUACUGAGGCAAAGGAUGGUGGCUCACGUGGGAAGUAUUGGGAUGAUCAUCCAGCUAUAAUGGCAGUUGGUGUCGUUGAUGCAAAUUCUGAGGAUAUCUUCCAGACUUUAAUGUCUCUUGGUCAAUCAAGAUCCGAGUGGGACUUCUGUCUGCGGGAAGGAAGGGUGGUUGAGCAUCUAGAUGGACAUUCAGACAUAAUCCACAAGAAAUUAAGAGGGGACUGGCUACCAUGUUUCAGGGGAAUGAGAAAGAGAGAUCUAUUACUUAGACGAUAUUGGAGGAGAGAAGAAGAUGGCACUUAUGUUAUCCUGUACCACUCUGUUUUCCACAACAGAUGCAGUCCUGAGAAAGGCUACAUCCGUGCAUGUCUUAAAAGUGGAGGAUAUGUAAUAUCACCAGUUAGCCAAGGAAGACAAUCAGUUGUGAAGCAUAUGCUUGCUAUAGACUGGAAAUUCUGGAAGUCAUAUCUCCUUACCUCAUCCGCAAAAUACAUCACCAUACGUAUGCUAGGAAGAGUAGCAGCCCUACGGGAAUUAUUCCGAGCAAAAAAUGGAAACUGCGCUUGUAUGGAAUUCUCAUCGGGUGAGCUGAUGAGGGAUAUGGGACUGCCGCAGGGUGGAAACGAGCCAACAAAAAUAGAAACGCAGUCAGCAAAUGAGUGUGAGAGACUUGAGGGUCCUGUAGAAGGACCACAGGGUGGUUCUAAGCGGCACUUAAGCAGUACUGGUUCCCUUGUUCAACUUAAUGAUGCAACGGAUGAGUUCUUUGAUGUCCCAGAUGAAUCAGAAUAUGAUCAGAGAGAAGCCAUGUGGUCUUCUGAUGAGAGCACACAUGCUGCGGACCAACGACAUGCUAAAUUAUCCAGUGCUGCUGUCUUUGUACGGAAGUUGCAUGAUCUUGCAGUUCAAAAGAGAGGGUACAUUGAUUUACAGGGAGCUGCAGAUGCUGAUAAUGGACCAUGUUACUAUGGACAUACUCUCCCAAAAGAUUCUAGCUGUACAAUGCCUUCUAGUUGGUCAAUGACAGACCCGACAACAUUUUUAAUACGGGGAGAAUCCUAUUUGCUUGAUCGUCAAAAGAUCAAAGCAGAGAAUACACUGAUGCAAAUGGUUGGUGCUGACUGGAUAAAAUCUGAUAAGCGUGAGGAUGAUCUUGCUGGUCGUCCUGGCGGACUAGUCCAGAAAUAUGCAGCACAAGGAGGCAGCAAAUUUUUCUUCAUUGUAAAUAUACAGGUUCCUGGUUCUACCACGUACAGCUUAGCUUUGUAUUAUAUGAUGGAUACCCCAUUGGAAAAGGUUCCUCUACUUGAAAGAUUUGUAAAUGGAGAUGAUACAUUCAGAAACUCAAGGUUCAAACUCAUCCCUUAUAUCUCAAAGGGAUCUUGGAUUGUGAAGCAGAGUGUGGGCAAGAAAGCUUGUUUGGUUGGUCAAGCACUAGAAAUCAAUUAUUUCCGUGGAAGCAACUAUUUGGAGCUUGGAGUUGAUAUAGGCUCGUCAACAGUGGCACGAGGUGUGGUGAGCCUUGUGCUCGGGUACUUGAACAACCUGGUGAUUGAGAUGGCCUUCUUGGUACAGGGCAACACGCAGGAAGAGCUCCCGGAGUUCCUCCUAGGCACCUGCCGACUGAAUUAUCUGGACGCCUCCAAAGCUGUAUCGCUAGACGAAUGCUGA